AGAAGACAUGAUGUCGCCAUGGCCUUCCUGUGGAUCCUCUCGUGCCUCGCCUUCGUCGGCGCCGCCUACGGUUGCGGCUCUCCCGCCAUCCCUCCCGUGAUCACGGGAUACUCUCGUAUCGUCAACGGCGAGGAGGCGGUGCCUCACUCCUGGCCCUGGCAGGUGUCACUGCAGGACUACACGGGUUUCCACUUCUGCGGCGGCUCCUUGGUCAACGAGAACUGGGUGGUGACGGCGGCGCACUGCAACGUCAGGUAG